AUCACAGCUUUGUCUUGUUGAUUUUCUUUUUUCUCCACAGACAUUUGAAUAUCGACUGAAGAGAAGAAGAAGAAAAAAUCAGAGGUAGCUUAUCAGAUGCUGUCCUGACGCAGGUGAUCUUCCUCAGACCAGCGGGAAAAUGACGGUGAGCGUCGCAGGUCGAGAAGCAGACCGGUGAGGGGGAAUCAAAUCCACACUGUUGGCGGUACACAGGCGUGAUGUUGACGUGUCGCUCCCUGCUUCUCACCUGGGUGCUGCUUGCCACCAGAGUCCGAAGCCAAAGACCCUGCACAGACCUGCUGCCUCUUGACCUGCUGUCCAGAGCCCUGCCCCGACCAGGACAAGCCCCGCCCACGAAGGUGCAGAUGGUUCAGUCCAGAGGGUCCAGAGGUCUCCGAUUGGCUGGUGCCGUGACGACAGCUCUGAGUUUCCCCGCCUCACAAAUCUUCACCAACUGUGAUUACUUCCCUGCUGAGUUCUCAUUGGUGGCCACCAUCAAGAUCCCGAGACUGAGAUGGAAGAAGAAUGAGUACAUCUUCUCCGUGGUGGAGGACCGGUCUGAAUCGCUGUUGCUGGGGUUACGUGUCUCUGAGAACCGCCUCCACUUCUUGACCACGCCUCCUGGUGCUGGUGGGCGGAGCCGGCUGAGCUUUAUGGAUGUGGGACUGGACGAUAACCGCUGGCACACCGUGGUGCUGGCCAUCACUGGACUGUAUGCCACACUGACCGUCGACUGUGGCCUUCCUCUGGAGCUUAAACAGGUCCAGCCCUUCCCCAGCACUCUGAACACCAGAGGGGCCCGGUUCUUCAUCGGCAGCAGGAGGAGGUGGAGGGGCCGUUUCUCAGGAUUACUUCGUCAGCUGGUUCUACUUCCUGGCUCCGAUGCCACGCCCAGACUGUGUCCGUCCUCUGAGCCCAGUCUGGCCGAGCUGUCUGUCCCCCAGGUCCUAAAGUCCACCCCACUCCAGCCAGACCACCACGGACCAGUUUACCCAUAUGAGGCAGAAGCCAGAGUGACUCUGGGAAAUGCUCCUCCAUGUUCGAGAGCAGAACAGGGCCAGCUGUGGUUCAACGCUCAGAGGAAAGGCCUGUUCAUCUGUGACACACUCACGUGGAGGACGCUGCUGCAGAACAAGGAGCGUCUGGAUUACAUAGAGAACUACCAGGACCUGUACACCAGCUCAGAAACCUUUGACGUCGAGGUCUUCUCCAUUCCUUGUGAAGGCUUGUUCUUGGCUGCAGCCAACAGGGACUCUGUGUCCGGUUCAGGUAUCUACAAAUGGAGAAACGAGACGUUCCAGCUGUACCAGAACAUCAGCACUCAGGAGGCUCGAGCCUGGAAACACUUCACCAUUGAUGACAAGAUUUUCCUGGUGGUGGCGAACUCCAGGGAGGCGGAGCCUGAGCUGUCUGUCAUCUAUAGCUGGAAUCCGCAGUGGCGGCGUUUCCUUCGUUAUCAGACUCUGGAGACUCAUGGCGCUCUGGACUGGGAGGCCUUCCAAAUCCACAACCACAGCUUUCUGGUUGUAGCAAAUCACAGACGAGACUCCAACCACAACAUCCACAGUGUGAUCUACAGGUGGAACCAGGACACUAAGAUGUUCGAGGUGAACCAGACUCUGUCCACGUCUGGCGCAUAUGACUGGGAGUUCUUCACCGUCGGACCGUACCACUUCCUGGUGGUUGCCAACACCUUCGACGGUCAGACCACCAGCAUCAGCUCCGCCGUCUACAUUUGGUUGGACGGACGUUUCCAGACCUUCCAGAACAUCCCGACGGUGGGAGCGACUGAUUGGGAGGCAUUUCAGAUUGGCGACAGGUUUUUCCUCGCUGUUGCCAACAGUCAGAGGGUCUCAGACCACGGCCCAAGUCCCUACAGCAUCAACUCCACCGUGUAUGAGCUGAGUACGCUCACACAAACCUUCAUCCGCUUCCAGGACAUCCUCACACACAGUGCGGUGGACUGGGAGUUCUUCACCAUUGGAGACGAGAAGUUCUUGGUGGUGGCCAACUCUUACGACGGCACCUCGUACUCUCUGAACAGCAUGGUCUACAGGUGGCAGGGCUACGAGGGUUUUGUCCCGGUCCACAGUCUGCCAACGUUCGGCUGCAGAGACUGGGAACACUUCAGCACUGAUGAAGGCUCCUUCCUCAUCUACUCCAGCGCCACCUCCAGGCUCAGCAAGGUCUUUAAACUCAAGACCUACUGAG